UAGGUCCGGUAUGCCUUCCGCGGAUCGUCCUUGCCUUGAUGUUCUGUAGUUUUUGGCGAUCCUAUUUCUCUUGUUCUUCUUGUCUGUACAACCCGAUUUGGUGUAUUGACGAUCAGAGGCAGUAGUGGGUUGGCGAAUAGUGACGGGAGAGGAGUGAGCGGUGGAAAUGGAUGCUGUCUCCGUUGAAUCGCUGCCCUUGGGGUUCCGAUUCCGUCCGACGGAUGCGGAGUUGGUGAAUCACUACCUAAAGGGCAAGAUCACCGGCCGUAUCAAGUCGGAGAUCGAGGUCAUCCCCGAGAUAGACGUCUGCAAGUGCGAGCCGUGGGACGUCCCCGCAGACAAAUCAUUGAUCAAAUCAAUUGAUCCGGAGUGGUUCUUCUUCUCACCAAAGGACCGGAAGUAUCCCAGCAGCAACCGUUCCAACCGGGCUACGGAGGCUGGGUACUGGAAGGCCACAGGGAAGGAUCGGACGAUCAAGUCCAGAUCACCAGGUUCGAUGAUUGUAGGCAUGAAAAAGACCCUUGUCUUCCACCGCGGCCGGGCUCCCAAUGGCUUCCGCACUAAUUGGAUCAUGCAUGAGUAUCGAACCACUGAGCCCGAAUAUGAGUCGGGUGAGCAGGGUGGCUAUGUUCUUUGUCGUUUAUUCAGGAAGUCUGAAGAACAGACCUUAGUUUCUAAGAUCAAUGAUUGCAUGGAGAAAAAUGUUGAUGAGAUGGAAAGUACUGGCUUAUCUCCUUCUCCAACCAUUGUUUCACCAGGUGAGACGCAGCAUGGAUCAGAGGCUGCAGAAGAAGUUCUGACAUCAUUGAACCAAAACCUUCCAGGGUUGGAUUUGCAAGAAAAUCUGCAACCUUUGCCUCGUAUCUUUGAGAUGCCACCAUCAGCUAUUAAUGAGUUAGUAGAAGAUAAAAUGGCUUUUGCAAACAGCUGUUUGUUGAAACCAGAAGAGAGCUAUUGCAAUGCUACUAUUGCUUCAGAUGUUGCUGAUCAGGGGACCGAUGUGGCUGCUGAAGUUGAUUCUCUGUUGGAUGAUUUCGCACAAUACCUGGGCCAAGAAUGUGACAAGCUUGGUCCUGAUGAUUACCAUAUAAGUUCCCCGAUAGUGUCUCAUAUGGGCCACUCAUUUUAUGAUGGAGUAAACCAGGGACUUCUGCAGGAGCUUAAUCAAUUUGACAACAUUGAGCAGGACUCUGUCACUGAAUUCUUAGAUGCAGUUCUUUUUAAUCAAGAGGAAUGUUCCCAUGAGGCAUCAAGUACCUGUAGAGGUCUAAUUAUGAAGUUUGAGGCAGAAGAUCGGAAUCGUUUGAUCAUGGAUGAUUCCCACUGGGACACGCUAUCAUGCAAGGAUAGCAGGACAGGCAGUGAUGAAGAUACUGAAGUUACUACUUUUGAGGAUGGCAUAGGUUUUUAUGAAGAAAUCUGCAGGCCGCCAGUUGGUUCAAGCCACUUAUCACAGGAGAAUAGUUAUAAUGUUCCUACAGAACAAGAUACAUGGCAGAUCUCUGUGUUUCCUAAUCAGAAGUUUAGCCGAAAUAUCUCCUCGAUGGACUCUUCUGCAGGUUCUUUGCAUCAAGAAUCAACCAAUACGGACAACUUUGACAGGGCUGAAAUCCAGAUCAGAGUUCGCAAAAAUUUGACAGACUCAGAUUACUUGAUUAAACAGCAAGGCUCGGCAAUGAGACGGUUACGUUUGCAGAAGUUCAUUCACAAUGGAUCUGCCCCCAGAACUGUUCAUGCCUUGAGCAGUAAUAAUGAUGAUUCAGACAAAUCAGGUGUCACUGAGGCUAGUGAAGUUUUGGAGCACCAAUUUGAUGAAGAAAAAUUAGUUUCUGGUCUUACCGCCGAGGACACUCAUGAUGAUGCAAACUCCACCGAGAUAAAGUCCUCUUCUCCUGAGAUCUAUGAUUCCAAACCCAAGUUGAGAUCGAGAGCAAGACAGACUGAUAAGAACGCCGACAAAACCACAGGCCAAUCUUCGGAUGCAAUGUCAACCGGAGCUGCUUCACACUCUCCACUUACAGUCAUUUUGUUUUUGUCAGCAAUGCUUUUGCUAGCAUUACUUGGAUUGUUUUGGUGCCUAAGCUCCUAAUGCCUUUGUUCAGAUGGGUACUUUUGUUUGUCUAAUAGAAUCAGUUCUUGCGACCCAAAUUUUAGUCUUAAACAUGUAGUAGGUAUCUUGAAUUACUGAGUUUUCCAGCUUCUGUAACAUAGCUAGGUUCAUCAGUGUACACCUAGUUUUGCAGCUUUUGUAACAUAAUUUCAAUUUCUUAUAAGAUGUAUUUCUUAAA